AUGCAGAAGCUGGCACACGCCAAUGAACAGACCUGGAUCGCGAUUGGCUCUGCGGCCGAGGCCAUGGAGGAUUUCGAGAGGGCUAUUGCCGCCUACGAAUCGGCGCUGCGCCACAAUCCUUACUCGAUGCCGGCCAUGAAUGCCAUUGCGGGCGUCCAUCGUACGAUGGAUCGCUUUGAAAAGGCUGUCGAGUACUUCAAGCGCGUGCUCAACAUCGUGCCCGAGAAUGGCGAGACGUGGGGUGCCAUGGGUCACUGCUACCUCAUGAUGGACGAGCUGCAGAGCGCAUACAUGGCCUAUCAGCAGGCCCUCUACCACCUUCCCAACCCAAAGGAGCCCAAGCUCUGGUACGGCAUCGGUAUCCUCUAUGAUCGCUACGGCAGCCUGGAACAUGCAGAGGAGGCCUUUGCUAGUGUUGUUCGCAUGGACCCCAACUACGAAAAGUCCAACGAAAUCUACUUUCGGCUCGGCAUCAUCUACAAGCAGCAGCAAAAGUACCAGGCCAGCCUCGACUGCUUUCGCUUCAUUCUCAACAACCCUCCGAGGCCCUUGACGGAGAUUGACAUCUGGUUCCAGAUCGGCCAUGUCCAGGAGCACCAGCAUGAGUAUGGGGCAGCAAAGGAAGCCUACGAGCGCGUCCUCGUCGACAAUCCAAACCACGCAAAGGUCCUCCAACAGCUUGGCUGGCUCUAUCACACCAGUGACGCCGGCUUCGAGAACCAAGAGAGGGCGAUUCAGCUGCUGACAAAGAGCCUCGAGAGCGAUGCGAACGAUGCCCAGAGCUGGUACCUCCUCGGGCGAGCCUACAUGUUUGACCAAAAUUACAACAAGGCAUACGAGGCCUACCAGCAGGCCGUGUACCGCGACGGCAAGAACCCCACCUUUUGGUGCUCCAUCGGCGUCCUAUACUAUCAGAUCAACCAGUACCGAGACGCGUUGGAUGCCUACUCGCGCGCAAUCCGCAUCAACCCUUACAUCUCCGAGGUCUGGUACGACCUGGGCAGCCUCUACGAGUCGUGCAACAACCAGCUGUCGGAUGCCAUCGAUGCCUAUGCUCGUGCUGCCGAGCUGGACCCGGACAAUGCUCGAAUUCAGCAGAGAAUCUCGAUGUUGCGAAACGCAGAGGCGACGGGCGAGGCCAUCACGUCUGCCCCCUCGCCUUUGGACCGGUGGCUCGGCCAGUGGUGCACCUGGCGUCUCAGGCAGCAUCGGCUCCUACGGUAG